GAUCGAUGACAGCUUUGAAGCCAUCAGCGCACGAUUACAACUGACCUGCAAUUUGCCUCAACUUACACGUAACAUGAGCUCUGCACUUGACCUUCCUGAACCCGUUUUCUAUCUUCCACCCUUGAAUUCUAUUUCAGACGAUGAAGAUGACGCGCCCAAACAGGGUCGGCCUCUGGAAGAGAUCGGCCCUUUGAGAGUCUCAUCACUGGUCUUCGGCGCAGCGGCGUGGUCGCACUUUUACAACGACGAGGCCUAUCUAGCAAGCGACAUCCCAAUUCGUACUACGCGUCUGGCGCUGCGUUAUGGCAUUCGGUCAUUUGAUACGUCUCCCUACUAUGGAUCCUCCGAGAUCGUUCUCGGAACGGCACUGAAGGGGUUGGAGGCCGAGUUUCCUCGCGAAUCUUACAAAUUGAUGACAAAAUGUGGACGCUAUGGCUCGUCCGAUUUCGAUUAUUCUCCGAAGACAAUCAGGCGCAGCGUCGAACGCAGUUUGGCCAGGUUUCAUACCACCUAUCUUGACACAGUGUAUCUACAUGACAUUGAGUUCGUCGCCACCCCUGUCGCCCUGCGUACAGAGGGCGUACAUCUCGGCGCGCUUGGAUCGGAGGCGGAAGCAUAUGGCUUAAAUGAAGGGCAGGAAGCAAAAGUGUGGGGUGAGGGCGAUCAGAAGAUUUUGGAUGCUGUCGCUGAGUUGCGGAAACUUCAAGAAGAAGGGGUGGUGAAGAGCAUUGGUAUUACAGGUCUGCCGCUCCCGACUCUGCUUCGCUUGGCCAUCCUUGUCCUGAACACUGCGCCCUAUCGUCCCCUCGAUGCGAUUCUCUCCUAUAGUCAUUUGACUCUACAGAACGACAGCCUUCUCUCUUUCCUCCCUGCCUUCAUCCGCCGCGCUAAGAUAUCGCAGGUGCUCACGGCAUCUCCGCUCUCAAUGGGACUCCUCACUGCAACUCCUCCCGCUUGGCAUCCUGCUUCGUCAGAUAUGCGUGCAGCUUCCGCAGAAGCGGUCGAGAGGUGUGCGGAAUGGGAGGGCGGAUUGCCCUCUGUGUCGAUCGGCUGGGCAAUCAAGUCGGCUGAGGGUGGGACUGGGAGCAGAGAAGGGAAGAUGCCGACGGUUGUGGGACUCAGCAACCUGAGAGAGGUACAUCAGGCUGUUGCGAUCUGGAGGCAGGUCAAGGACGGCGGUGAGGAAGAAGCGAGACAGCAGUAUGCGGAAGCGGCCGUCGGCGCAUUCAAGGCUAAUGGGACGAAAGAUUGGACCUGGUGAACACAAAGGAUUUUACGGCUCUCGUUUGUGCAUUGAAUUGCGAAUAUCACACACUAAUGGACAGGGCGAGCAGCUGUACUC